AUGAGCUUGAGCAGUCCUCAUCAUGAACAACCUGCCAUCUUUGACUUGGACCUAGAGAUCGACUGUGAGAGUUCUGGUUCCUUGAACACCAGUUUUUAUGACAGUGAGUCAGAGAGCGAGACUAAGAUUGGCAAGAAGUUGAGGUUGAGGGGGGACUCCCCUGUUACGGGAAAGUUCUCGUCUGACUCCGCUCAGAGCGACCUGGAGUCUGAAGAGGAAGCUUUGUCAGAAGAGAAGGAGGAGAGUAGCUCUGAAGAGAAGGAGGAGAGUAGCUCAGACUCGCCUGACAGUUCAUCAGAUGAUAACGAUCCUCCCCCCACCAAGAGGUACAGACUCAGUCCUGACAAGCUUGCUCCAAAACAACACCGAAUAAUCGUCACUCGUAAACGGCUCACUUUCGAACAUCUCAAUCUACUGAAGAGUAGGAAUCUGCUGCCAGACACGCAGGACACUGACAACGACUCUGUGAGUGAGUGUGAGACUACAGUGCAGGAGGAGAGGGAAAUAGAAGAGAAAGAGCUGAAGGAGCAGGAUGAGAAUGAGAAGAAGGCUGUUGAGGCAGAACCAAGCAGGACCCUGCUUCCAGUGGAGGAAGAAAACUCUACGUUUGGUGGCUCCGAGCCAAUUUUCUCCUCUGACCUGCCUAAAGAAGAUAAGCUAGGUGUGUUUGACUCUGACCAGCCUAAAGAAGAUAAGCUAGGUGUUUUUGACCCUGACCAGCCUAAAGAAGAUAAGCUAGGUGUGUUUGACCCUGACCAGCCUAAAGAAGAUAAGCUAGAUGUGUUUGACUGGCAGGACGAGGAAAGCAGUUCAUCUCAUGUGUCAGCUACAGGAAACGGAAAAGGAAACACGCUAAAAGUGAACUUCAAAACACCAUCUUCAAGUCUUCUCCAAAGAAGCGGGAACUUCCAGAAGUUUUAA